AUGUUAUUCGGUACGUCUCUGGUGUGUCUGGCUCUUCACGCUGGGUACGCGCGAGCCGAACCUGUUACGCGACGGGGUGCCCCCUUACUGGAUGCUUCAUUUGAUUAUGUGGUUGUUGGGGGUGGUACCGGUGGUAGCGUUGUGGCGACGCGUCUGGCGCAGCAGUCAUUCAGUGUCGCGCUGGUGGAAGCCGGUGGUUACUAUGAGGUUGAAUCUUUGGCUGAAGUUCCAGCUGCUGACGUACUUCCGAUUGGAUCGGAUCCUUCUACCUCGUCUGCCGAGGAUUGGGGCUUCGUAACGAGUGGACAGCCUGGAGCGAAUGGUCGGUCGAUUCAUUAUGCGCGGGGGAAGUGCUUGGGAGGAUCAUCGGCUUUGAAUUUCAUGAUCUAUCAACGUCCGACUAUUGAGUCAAUGGAGCAAUGGGCGAGUGUCGUCAAUGACAGCAGCUACAAGUUCGAUGCAGUCCUGCCGUACUAUAAGAAAAGCGCCACAUUCACCGCACCGAAUAUGAAUGAGCGCGCAAAGAACGCAACGCCAGAGUAUAGCACUGCAGGUUUCGAUACCAAUGGAGGACCCCUGCAGGUAUCCUACCCCAACUACGCGCAGCCCUUCUCCUCAUGGAUGGACCUCGGAAUGAACGCCAUUGGUAUCAACAACACCCAAGAUUUCAACCUGGGCUCCUUAAUGGGAGCACAAUACUGCUCAUCAACCAUCGAUCCAAGCACCGAACUCCGCAGUAGUUCCGAGUCAUCUUUUCUCUCCACUAUCCAUCCAUCAACCUUGACAACUUAUACCAACACCCUUGCCAAGAAGGUGGUUUUUGACAAUGACCUAACCGCCACUGGAGUUGAAGUGAAAGGGGCCCUUGGAAAUACCAUCACCCUUUCAGCAUCAAAGGAAGUGAUUAUCUCCGCGGGUGCCUUCCAAUCCCCGCAACUCCUUAUGGUCUCUGGCAUCGGACCCUCGGAUAUCCUGCAGGAACACGGAAUUACAGUCAUAGCGGAUCGGCCCGGUGUCGGUCAGAACAUGUGGGAUCAUCCGUUCAUGGCGCCUGCAUACCGUGUGCAGGUCUCGACAUUAACUCAAUUCGUGACAAACCUAAUCUACGCCGCGGGACAACUUAUUGACGGAGUGAUUGGCAAGAAUGGGCAACUGACGAACCCCAUUGCGGACUUUUUGGCCUGGGAAAAAAUCCCCCAGAAUCUGCGCUCGGGUUGGUCUCAGAGUACAAAUGAAUCAUUGGCUAAAUUCCCGAGUGAUUGGCCAGAAGCUGAAUAUAUUUCUGGCGCAGGUUAUAUUGGCAAUGUCUCCAAUCUUUAUACAAAUCAGCCGAAAGAUGGGUAUGAGUAUGCAUCCAUGCUGGGCGUGUUGAUUUCGCCUACAUCUAGAGGAAACGUUACUCUCAAAUCCGCCGAUACUUCUGACCUACCGAUUAUCAAUCCCAAUUGGCUAGGCGAAACCGCCGAUCAGGACGUUGCGAUCGCCAUGUUCAAGAGAAUGCGACAGGCCUUCCAAAGCGAGGCUAUGGCGCCGGUUAUUAUUGGAGACGAGUAUUACCCUGGUACUCAGGUGCAAUCUGACUCGGAAAUUCUGGAGUUCAUCAAGAACAAUGUCAUGACUUUGUGGCAUGCAGCUUCUACCUGUAAAAUGGGUACCUCUGAUGAUGAUAUGGCGGUUGUUGAUUCCCAAGCUCGAGUGUUUGGGGUGGAUGGCCUUCGUGUCGUGGAUGCUAGUGCCUUUCCAUUCCUUCCACCAGGUCAUCCCCAGUCUACUGUUUAUAUGCUUGCAGAGAAGAUCUCGGAGGAUAUUAUCCAAGGACAAUAG